AUGGAUUUGCGCACGAUCAUGAACAGCGACGCCAGCGCUUCCAAUCCUCCACCCCCCAACACCUCGACCAGCUCGCCCAUAUCCGCCCAAGCCCAAGCCCCCCAAAAGCGCACAAAGAAAUCACCUUCUUACUCAGAAUAUUCUGCCCACCCGCCCCAACAUCCAUUGCAACCUUCGCACGCUUCCCCAGACCAGACCUCGCCUUACACAACCGCGCAAUCGCCAUAUCAGCAAUAUCACGGCCCAGGGGUAAACACAGCAGUGCAGGCUCAGCGCGGUCAAAGUCCCACACACAUCUUGACUCCCUACGGUUCUGCAACGCGUGAUCAAUUUGGCGCGUCGGGAUACGGAACACACCCUCAACACCCCAGUGGCCCGUUAGCCUCACCUUAUACACCACAGCCCUUGAGCGCAGGGCCACAGCAGCCGGAUCAGCAGUCAUAUUUUGCCCAACAACGCUCUCACUCGCUGCAAUCGGUUGUCACCAACCCCCGGCCCCCAACCGACCCCUUCCGUCCUAGAGACAGCCCGCCCGCUGCAUCGGAAUCUGUCUCAUCACAGCGCUUUUCACCUUCCGCCCAUCGAUCCGUUCCCGGCACUCCCCUCGGUCCUCCUCCUACCUUUGCCUCCCGCCAGUCGCCAUCGACUGCGCGCCCGCCAUCCUCCGGUCACGGCUCCUCGCGCAACCCCCUAUCCAGUCCGAGAGCAGCGCACGAAUUUCAAGCACGAGACCCCAUUCAAACGCAGUCACCUGGGACUCAGAGACACUUAUCAGUGCACAGCUCGCGCCCGUCUGAGCCGACCCCUCAUCCUCCUUCACUCGGGUUCAAGCGAGAGCCAAUUGAGAGCGCUAGUCCUCAAUCCAACUCCCGUCCCAACAGUAUUGCUGGCAUUUCAGAACCCGCAGCAAGUGGUCUAGCGCGCUCAUCUGAAGAUAGAAAGCUGGUCGAUAGUCCCACAGCACCAAAACCCAUCUCAGCCGGAUCGGAUUUAUUUACCUCCCCUACUGCACCGGGCAGCCAGGUCAAUAGUUCACCCUCAGGUCCUCGCGAAGGUGUGCAUCCUUUGAAGAUGGAAAUCGACAACCCGCCUCAUGUGGAAUCUCAACAGCCCAGACAAAAGAGAAGGAGAUAUAAUGAGCCUCCAAUCUACGCUCAGAGAUCGGCUCGCACCAGAGGCAAAUGUCCGCUCAUUCCUAAUCCCCGCCCUCCAAUUCCGAAGCAUGCCCGUCAAACACAACAAGAGUCUUGGGCAGCUCGCAGACGUUCCUCCUCAACAAUGGCCGCCACACCUUCUGCGCUGGUCACCCGAGCGCCUACCGUGGCUUCACCGAGUACAAACGGGCCAACGCCUGUGCAGCCCCCGCCAUCAAGUAUCUCGCAGUCAGCAGGUUCACUGGGACCUUGGGAGCCAUCUAUCACCGGUUUUAUCCCACAUGAGGAAGUCACAAAGACGCUUUGCGAUUUCUUGUUCAAACAUGUGGUGUUGAGAACCGACGUAAAUGCAGGACCCGCAGGCUCGGCAGCUGCUGGCCAAGGUGCAAUCAUUGAGGUUGAGGCGAAACUGGGUCAUAUCAUCGACAUGGACAGCAGAGACAGGAUCAACCUUCCCAUUCUAACCGAGAGCGUGAUCAACCGGGAGAGCGCCCGGUUCCGGACAUCGUUUGAGAGUACAAUGACUGUCGAACAACACCGCGCGAUGAACAACUUCCUCAACGAGACCGUCAAAGCGUCAAUGCCACAACAAAACUCGACCCGAAUCCCGCUCUCCUAUACACACAAGAGAGAGCGUGAUACCUUUCAUGAGGUUCAAGCAUCUGAUCUACCCCCAAUCAUCCGUCAAAAUUUGAACCCUCGGCACAAGCCCAAAGUCCGGGUUACCACCGACCAACGCACAGGGGAAGUCCUCGCCAAAAUUGUCAAAUGCCGAGUUGCCGACAUAGAUGUGUGCAGCCCACGCACCACAGUGGAUUGGCGCGUCAGUGUCAACCUCGAAAUGGAAUACCCCGGCGAUGUUAGCACCCUCCCACUGGCAGAUGCAGCAGGACGAGGCGAGCGCAUCAAAGAUCGAAUGAGCUACAGCCAUUUGGCAUAUCAGGUGGACCUGACUCAGGUAGCCAAAUCCGAGCAACAACCGGGCAAGAAUGAGUUUGAGCAUGAGCUCGAGGUUGAAGUCUCUGCCGCUGAAAUCCGUCGCCAGGGUCAACUUGCCAUGGCAGGCGACCCAAAGAACCAGUAUGAGGACCUUAUCAAGGGGUUUGUGGACAACAUCCGCCUGUUGGCUCGAGCUGUGCCACCUUGA